UAUCUCUCUUUCUCUCUCUAUAUCUCUCUCCAUUGAUUCUGUAUCUAUCUAUAUCUAUAUCUCUCUUUGCCAUUCAACGAAGCAAACUAUAGGUCCGCCGUUUGCUGUAUGUAAAAAGCGUUCAAACUGGAGGAGGAAACUGAAAUAACAAGGCAACCUCUCAGAGUCUGAUUUCAACAGAUUAAUUCCUGGUUGAUGUGAAUUGAGAUGUCUGGUUUUGGAGGUGUUUUGGUUUCUGAUCAAUUGCUUCAAAGUGAGUUCACUCAGGUUGAACUUCGUAGUCUUAAAUCCAAGUUCUCAUGGAUGAAGGCUAAAAAUGGAAAAGUUACAGUGGGAGAUCUACCAGCGUUGAUUAUGAGACUGAAGAGUAUGAGUGAAACCUUCAAAGAAGAGGAGGUACACGCGAUUCUGAAUGAUCACAAUGUUGAUUCGGAUCUGAAUGCCGACGUUGAUUUUGAAGGAUUCCUUAGGACAUAUUUGAAUAUGCAAUCUCGAGCUGCGGUAAAAUUGGGUGGUUCUAAGCAUGCUUCGUCCUUCCUCAAGGCUUCAACAACGACUCUUCUUCACACUAUUAGUGAAUCGGAGAAAGCAUCUUAUGUUGCACAUAUUAAUAGUUAUCUUAGGGAUGAUCCGUUUUUUAAACAGUUUCUUCCAAUUGAUACUGCUUCAAAUGGUUUAUUUGAACUUGCAAAAGACGGAGUUCUUCUAUGUAAGCUUAUCAAUGUUGCUGUUCCGAACACAAUUGAUGAACGGGCUAUUAACACGAAAAAAGUAUUAAAUCCUUGGGAAAGGAAUGAGAAUCAUACCCUAUGUCUUAACUCUGCCAAAGCCAUUGGCUGCACAGUAGUCAACAUUGGCACUCAGGACUUAAUUGAAGGAAGACCUCAUUUGGUUAUGGGGUUGAUAAGUCAAAUAAUAAAGAUCCAACUAUUGGCCGAUCUCAAUCUCAGGAAGACACCACAGCUUGUUGAAUUGGUGGAAGACAACAAUGAUGUCGAGGAACUUAUGGGGUUAGGCCCGGAGAAGCUCUUGUUGAAAUGGAUGAACUUCCAUCUAAAGAAAGCAGGCUAUGAGAAAACUGUUGCAAAUUUCUCAUCAGAUUUGAAGGAUGGUGAAGCUUAUGCCUAUCUACUUAACGUCCUUGCACCAGAACAUUGCAAUCCAGCUACUUUGGAUGUCAAGGAUUCAACAGAAAGGGCUAAUAUGGUACUUGAGCAUGCAGAGAAAAUGGACUGUAAGAGAUAUCUAACACCAAAGGACAUUGUUGAAGGAUCAACAAAUCUGAAUAUUGCAUUUGUUGCACAAAUAUUCCACCAAAGGAAUGGCCUAUCUACGGACAACAAGAAAAUCUCUUUUGCAGAGAGGAUGACAGAUGAUGAACAAAUAUCCAGAGAAGAGAGAUGCUUUCGCCUUUGGAUAAAUACUCUUGGCAUUGCCAGUUAUGUUAAUAAUUUGUUCGAGGAUGUGAGAAAUGGGUGGAUCCUCUUGGAAGUGUUAGACAAGAUUUCCCCAGAAACAGUCAAUUGGAAGCAAGCUACAAAACCUCCUAUUAAAAUGCCAUUCAGAAAAGUGGAGAACUGCAACCAGGUUAUUAAGAUUGGAAAGCAAUUAAAGUUCUCCCUGGUGAAUGUAGCUGGAAAUGAUAUUGUUCAUGGCAAUCAGAAGCUUAUACUUGCUUUCUUAUGGCAGUUGAUGAGGUUCAAUAUGCUUCAACUUUUGAAGAACUUGAGAUCCCGCUCUCAAGGGAAGGAAUUCACUGAUGCUGAUAUCCUAGACUGGGCAAAUAAGAAAGUCAAAAGUACGGGAAGAACAUCCAAGAUUGAAAGCUUUAGGGAUAAGAGCCUGUCAAAUGGGUUAUUCUUCCUUGAACUUCUGAGCGCUGUUGAACCAAGGGUUGUUAAUUGGAACCUCGUCACCAAGGGUGAAACUGAUGACGAAAAGAAGUUAAACGCCACAUAUAUCAUCAGCGUUGCAAGAAAGCUUGGGUGUUCAAUCUUUUUGCUGCCUGAGGACAUCAUUGAGGUAAACCAAAAGAUGAUCCUUACUCUGACAGCAAGCAUCAUGUACUGGAGUCUUCUGCAGCAACCGACGGGUGAAUCAGAAUCAUCACCAACACCCUCCGUGAGUGGCGAAGACAGCAUUUCCGCGAACGAAGCGAACUCGAAUAUCGAUGAUUCGGCCUCUGACAUCACAGUCUCCUCACAAAUUGAGACCGGCAAAGGGUCCAAUACAGUUGAUGAUGAGGAAGUCAGUUCAAAAACGGACAUCAAUGGUAAGAAUGAGGUUGUUCAAGUUGGUGUUGAAUUUGAUGGAUUGUUAGCUGAUCAUAAAGUUGAGAAUGGGGAUUCUGUCGAGAAGGAGUGAACUAUACUAGUUAAGCUGGUUGCGGUUGGUUUUAUUGGUGCUGCGAUUGGUGUAGAGGAAACACUACCUUAUCUUCACUUGGGUAGGAUCAAUAUGAUAUGAGUGAGUAAAGAAGUUAAAGAAAAUACACAACCAUAUAGAGAGUAAAGAGGUUGAAAAUGAGAGAACUUUGUAUAGGUUGUUUUAUAAUAUAGCCUUUUGGUUUUCAAGAUGUAUUUUUGCAUGGUUUUCUUCAUAGUAGGUUAUUCUUUUAAUCUUUUUGAUAAAUAAUAAGUGGCUUUUAUAAGAUUGUGGAUUUUUACCUUUCAAAG